AUGUCCCAGACGCGCUACUUCUCCACUCGCGGUGGCAACGAGACCCUCUCGUUCGACGAGGCGGUCCUCCGCGGCCUCGCCCCCAACGGCGGUCUGUACAUUCCGACCGAGAUCCCCUCCCUCCCUGCCAACUGGGAGACUGAGUGGGAAGGCCUGUCGUUCCCCGAGCUCUCGCACCGCAUCCUCUCGCUCUUCGUUCCCGAGGACUCGAUCCCCCCCGCCGACCUCAAGGACAUUAUCGACCGGUCGUACGCGACCUUCCGGGCGCCCGAGGUCACGCCGCUCCGCAAGACGGCCGAUGGCGAAUACGUUCUGGAGCUGUGGCACGGCCCCACGUGGGCAUUCAAGGACGUCGCCCUCCAGUUUGUCGGCAACGUCUUUGCUUAUCUCCUUGGCAAGAUGAAUGCCACUGGCGCAAACGAACACCUGACCGUCCUAGGCGCUACAUCGGGUGACACGGGUUCGGCAGCCAUCUACGGCCUGCGUUCCAAGCCCGCCAUCACGAUCUUCAUCCUGUACCCCGACGGACGUAUCUCGCCCAUCCAGCAGGCCCAGAUGGCGACCGUUGCCGACGCAAACGUGUACACUGUUGCGGUGGAGGGAGCCGACUUUGACACGUGCCAAGCUAUUGUCAAGAGCUGCUUUUCCGAUGCCGAGUUUAACGCCGCGCACCGCCUCGGCGCCGUAAACUCGAUCAACUGGGCCCGGAUCCUCGCACAGAUUGUCUAUUACUUCCAGGCAUAUUUCCUCCUCCCCAAGGACAAGCGGGACAAGGUCCAGUUUGUUGUGCCUACCGGCAACUUUGGCGACAUUCUCGCUGGAUGGUAUGCUAAGCGCCUUGGUCUGCCUUGUCGCCAGCUUGUGGUGGCGACCAACGAGAAUGACAUUCUCGCCCGUUUCUUCGCAACGGGCCGCUACGAGAAAGAGGACUCGAGCGCCGAAGUCAAGGCCACCUACUCGCCCGCCAUGGACAUUGCUCUCUCGUCCAACUUUGAGCGUCUUCUCUGGUACCUUGCGUACGAGACUCAGAAUGCCGAGGACAAGCACAAGAGCGUUGAGGAACGCCGUGCCGCCGCCCAAGCUACCUUGAAUGGAUGGAUGGACGAUUUGAAGCGCACCGGCCGCGCAGACAUGGGUUCGGCAGUCAAGGAUGCGGCCGCCGCAGAGUUCUGGGCCGAGCGCGUAUCUGACCAAGACACGCUCGCCGAGAUCCGCAAAUACGCCCCCUCGUACAUUGUGGACCCGCACACCGCUGUUGGGCUGGCGACUCAGUCCCGUUCCAAGGCGCGUAGCCCCGACUCGACGUGGGUCACGCUCUCCACUGCGCAUCCCGCAAAGUUCUCCGAGGCAGUCGAACUCGCCACGGCACAGACGCCCGACUUCAACUUCCGCCGCGACGUGCUUCCUCCCGCGCUGGCUCAACUCGAGGACCUGCCGCAGCGUGUGUACAAGGUCUCGGGGGAGGAGGGGGUGCGUGCCCUCAUUGAGAUGGUGAAGCGCGGGGACAAGCCCACGCCCGCGUAA